CAGACUCGUCCCCUCGACAACAUCCUGGACAUACGCACGGCUUUCCCUUUUCUUUUUCAUCAAUUCUGAAGCAUGUCCCGCAGAGCAUCAGCUAUGCCACCGAAUAACCAGCCGAACAAUCCUGCUUCCUCGUCUUCCGGUGACGGAGGUCAAGAAAAACAGAAGAUGCUUCUCUCAUCUGAGGUUGGACAUUUUAGUAUGAUCAGAGCAUUGCAUCUUGCGGAUCUAGUAACCGAACUUAAUGGGUUUUGCGGAGUCAUGUCUGUUUUCUCCUCGAUGCGCUACUGCCUUGGCGAUCCGCAUGAUCUGGGUAAUAUCUGGGCUGCGUUAGCAUUCAUGCCUUUUGGUCUCUUCUUUGAUUUUAUGGAUGGAAAGAUUGCGCGAUGGAGAAAGAAGUCCUCUCUGAUGGGACAAGAGCUCGACUCGCUUGCAGACUUGGUUUCGUUCGGCGUAUCUCCCGCAGCUGUCGCAUUUGCCAUCGGCGUCCGCACGACGAUGGAUCACCUAUUCCUCGCCUUCUUUGUGCUUUGCGGGCUGACUCGGCUAGCUCGCUUCAACGUGACUGUUGCUGUGUUGCCGAAGGAUAAGAGUGGCAAGUCCAAGUAUUUCGAAGGCACGCCGAUUCCGACGACACUCUCGAUCGCAAUGCUCAUGGCAUACUGGGUCUCUCAGGGCUGGAUUCUUGACGAACUGCCGUGGGGGGUUGUUGCUCAAGGCACGAUCUUCGAAUUCCACCCCGUGGUGCUUUUGUUUGUUCUGCAUGGCUGCCUGAUGGUCAGCAAAACGAUACACAUCCCGAAGCCGUGAAUGAGGCUCGGCCCGGAGCGCUAAGAGCAAUCAAUCUAGCAUGAGGACGGCCGGCCUUGUUUUUUUUUCUUUUCUUCGGAUUGAAUAGAGAUUACGUCGGACAAGUGUUGUCUACCACUG